AUGUUAUCGAUCCGGAAGUGUAGAUCUAUCGAAUGGACGAGUUUCUUAUAUAUCUACUUCAGCAUUGGUUUCGACCAUGGAUUCCCCAGAAGUUUUAAUCACUGAUCCACAGGCUCAAGAAGAUGGCAGCGAAAACUCAAUUAAAAGCAAGGAUGUCAUCCCGGAAACGGAGACCACACACGAUUCAACCACGGGUGCACAGACUCACAAAGAUGGCGGCGGGAACGUGUACGUGGAAAUCCUUCCAGAAACGCAAGGUAUGGUAACCCAGUCGCCAAUUCCUACCAAAAAGACAGAAAGUCAGAAAAGGCGUCGGAGAUUUAUUCCUCUAAGGUACCAUUCCAAAAUAUUCAAGAAUUCCAAAAAGAAGAAAGAUAAAAAUGGAAAUGAAUUGUCCGUAUUCAAAGGAGCAGAUCCCCACAAACAUGGGGCACGACAUGCCAUUGAGGAUAACCGUCCAAGCACCAAUAGCAGCAGUUACGCAAGUUGUCGGCCAUUCAGAAAUACGUGUAAUGGGUCUUGUCAUACAUACAUGGAUAUUGACGAAUUGCGUGGUCAUAGAGGCGUUGGCGUAGAGCGAUGUGGCAGCAUCUCCACGGUUUCUACAUUGCCUAUGCAUGUUGUUUCAACACCGCAGAUGUUCGGAGUAGACGAACAUGCUGGAAGACAAGACGUUUACAGAGAAGAACAGCCAUCAGCCACUAUAACUCCACAAAUGAAUUACGAGCUCGAAAUGAAGGUUCCUGGCAAAAGCAAGGGAUUAAAAAAGUACAUGGUCCUGUUUUGCAUAGUCCUUGUUUCUAUCGUUGUAUCGACAGUCUUGGCUGGUUACGUCGGUACGAAGGAUGUCGUGGAUGAUAUCCCCACUAAGGUCCAAAAUCAAUUUCAGAUAAUGCCAGAAUGGAAGAAACUGGAAAAACAAUCUAAUUUGACAGCGAUUAAAAUCUUUUUGGAUAAUGGUCUAUCCGAUUUUUCUAAAAAGCUCAAGACUCUCAACGAACAACACUUUGAAAACUUAACAAGCGAAUUAGAACUGAAUUUGAAUCUGUUUAAAAAUGAAACAAAGAAUCACAACGAGCUAAUCCAACAACGCAUUUUGAACGAGACAGCGUCGAAAGAAGACGUCAUGAAAAAUUUAAACACCAUGCUUGACCUUACACAAUCAAACACGGAUGGUUUGAAAAAUGAAACAAAGAUGCUCCAUGAACUUAUCACGCAACGUGUUAUGAAGGAUGCAGCAUCGAAAACGGACAUAAAAAAGACAUUAUUCACCAUACUCCACGUGUCCAUUUGUGUUAGUGAUUGCAACGGUAUAAGUGAUGGAGACUACCAAUCCUGCUACACUUGUGAAGGAUUUGUCUCAUGCAGUAAUAAUGGCAUGGUGAAAAAAAAUUGUUCGGAGAGCUAUCCUGACAGACCCGUGUAUUGGGACAAUUUUAAAAAGAAGUGCCUGUUUGAAUCCCGUACAUGUGAUCAAAAAUAUACAUUUGACUAAAAUUAGUGCUAUUUAAGUCAUAAUGUGAUGUUUAAUAUUUAAAAAAAAACUUUUUGCAUUGGAUAACGAAAGGUCAUGCGUAGUUUGCAGAAAAUUUUCUUUCAUUUUAUUCUUGUCUGGGAUUAAAACAAUUUCGAUUUUUAUAUUCUCUCCGUUUGCUACAAAUUUGUGAACUGAAUGAAGAAUACAAUGUUGAAUUUAGCUUAAAAAAUAAAAAGUGGUUGAUUGGUUAGGUUUGACAAAAGCAAUACUUUCUUUGUUCUUCCAAAGAUCUUGAUAUUACCAAUUGUAUGCCAAACUACCGUAUAUGUAUACCGGACUUCUAACUGAUGUUCAUCAGAAACAUAUUUUUAUAGGUCAUCUUAGUCAUGGAUAUGGGAUCACUGGAUAGUCCGUGUUAAAUGAAUACUGUCAUUUACUUAAAAUUUAUUUUAUCAAAUUAAAUUGAGUUUACUACUACGUGUACUCAAUUUAAAAAAUA